AUGGGCACAUCGAUUAUUUUUCCGAAAACAGCAAAUCCGCAACGAGGAAUACGUGAGUUCCAUGAUCAGUGUCAUUACUAUGAUCGUGGCCUGGAACGAUUCGCCGAAUUACGCCGUAUGCCAUUGGAUGUUGCAGUGGAAGCAGUACGAAAUGAAACUGCAAAACUUAUUGAAUGCAACAGAUGGGAAUAUGAUCAGGAUGUAAGCCAAUUUCAAUUCGUUGCUGUUAUCUUUUCCCUUUAUGUCUUAAGGACCGUUUUUUUUUUUGGUUUUUUAAGAAUGGUUCUUGAGAAAUGA